CUCACUCCUUCUCCUCCCCUCUCAAAGCUGCCUGAGGAAUUUCCCCAUGUGCAGAAGCGUAAAUAGACUGUCUGUGCUUACAUAAAGGCUCAAGAGAUGGGCUUUCUGCUUCUGCCAUUGAGUGCUUCUGCAGUCUUAAACACAUGGCUUUUGUCACCAGUUCCUUCUCUCUCAAAUGCUCAUGUUGCCAAUAUGUCAUCUUGUCUACAUGCCUUGAGUUUGCACGUGCCUGAAUCUUCUGCGUCUGCAUCUCCAGGGCAGCUGGGUGGACUUGUUGCCGGUCAGAACGUGGUGGAUGUUUCAUCUUUGUGCAGCGCAUUGCUUUUCUUUUAGGGGAGGAGGAAGAUGAGCGAGGCAAUUUUGCAAGUUCUCACAUUUGGUGAACUUCUGGAUGUUUUUCUUUCUCUAUAUGCUCAUAGAUACGGUCUCUAAAGAUAAGGUCAAAAUUUACCUGUCUCACUUGAAUUAGAGUCCCAAAGAAGAUGAAUAUGAUGCCAAACAGAAGUAACUUCUCCUCUUUUCAGAAUGCUGGAUCAGAUUCCAGUAAGAUUAUGGCAGAGUAUAGCCACACACAAAACCAGAUGGAAUUACAAAAUGCUAGUUUGGGAAAGGGUUCUGUGGCAAAUUCCCUCGAAAAUGGUCUCCAGGAUAUUAUGGAAAACCUCAACACGAAGAAAUAUUCAUCAAGUCUCAAAUUUAAAACAAAUGGGGACUAUGCUGGCUCGUAUUUAACCCUUUCACAACCUCUGCCGAUUAAACCUAGUGCUUCCUCCAGUUUUAAAAAUACACAUUCUGUUACCAAAAUUCAAGGAGGCAAGCAGUUCCCUUGUGAAAGCACAUAUCUUCCAGAAAAAAGUAUCUCUGUGAAGCACUUGGGUUCUAUAUCAGGCAUGUCUCCAUCUCUCAGUGGGUACAGUUUAGGAAGGACAGACUUUGAUAUUCAUGCCAGCAGAGAACACGAAAAAUCCCUUGGACACAUGGAUAAGUUUCACUACUCAAAGUACAGUCAGAAGAACAAAUCAUAUGACAACGUCUACUUUCCAGGAAUGCUGGAGACAAAGAAGAUCUCAGGGUCUCUUCUGACCAUGUGGAAUGGAAGCUCAGGGAAUGAGCUGAUGCUUUCACCUGCUAGCAAUUCAGGCGCAGCCAGCAUGCCUUCUAGCCCAAAGCAAGGCAGGAGGAUGAAUAUUGAAGACAGCCUGGCACUUAACAUGAAACCUGUUAAGCAUAAGGAUGUGAUGAUGGAGACUCUGGCUUCACGGCCUAGGAAAUACUCUGGUGGAUCUCUAAGUCAUAUGGGAAUGUACAGUCGUUCCCUACCCAGACUUUAUAAAUCAACAGAAAGCCAGCUGGUGCCAUUAAGUCUGCCCCCCAGAAGCUAUCUGGGUAACACUAAAAGGAAAAAACUUGGAGAGAAAGAUCUACCUCACAAUGCUUUAGAUGCUGAUAAUUACCUGAAUUUUUCUUCUUGCAGCUCAGGGGUUUCACCACAUGCAAAUUCUGUCUCUGGGAACAAUCCCUAUGUCAGUUCAACUCUUAGUGUUCCUGCAAGCCCACGAAUUGCUAAAAAAAUGCUUUUAGCACCUUCUUCCCCAUAUCUUUCUGAUGAUUUUGAUAGACUUGGACUCUCUGGAACAAGUCCCAGUAGUUCUUUCUCCCCAGUGGAUUCUGACAGGUCGUUCUCUGGCCGAAGAAACCUUUCUACCAGUUCUGUGGAACUUGAUGACCCAGAUCUGGAAAGUUACAGACAGACACCAAACUCGCUGCAAGCAUCCAUGCGAGAGCGGAAGAACAGCAUUAGCUCCAUUUCAGGAAGAGAAGACCUCAUGGACUAUCACAGGAGGCAGAGGGAGGAGCGGCUUCGGGAGCAGGAGAUGGAACGGCUGGAACGACAGCGGCUGGAGACAAUCCUCAAUCUGUGUGCAGAAUAUUCCAAAUCUGAUGGCGACCCCACUGCAGCUACAACAGUUGCUGAUGUUCAAAAAAUUAACAAAGAACUCGAAAAACUUCAGCUCUCUGAUGAGGAUUCAGUGUUUGAAGAUUCCCAGAUGAAUCUGGAAGCGAGGUUCAGAAGCCAGUUGAAAUCAUCUGCAAGUGAUUCAGAUUUCUCGGAGCUGAGCAACCACAGUCGCGGCACUGCUUCUUUCCUCCCCUCUAGAGGGUUAAGAGCUGAUGAGCACUUCAACGAAAAUGCGAAGCUUCCACCUUUUGCUGCUCCUGGCUUCGUGAAGGAUGGCACCGAAUCGUCCUACCUAAGCAUCACACCAAAGAUACCAGAAUGCACAAGUGAUGAGCAAAGAGGGCAGGAGCUUGGUCAGCUGGAGGAGGAGCGCAUAGUAAUACUAAAUAACUUGGAAGAACUUGAGCAGAAGAUCAAAGAUUUAAAUGACCAGAUGGAUGAAUCCUCAAGAGAGUUGGAUAUGGAAUGUGCCCUUUUGGAUGGGGAACAGAAGUCUGAAACAACAGAGCUGCUGAAAGAGAAGGAAAUACUGGAUCAUCUAAACAGAAAAAUAGCUGAGCUGGAGAGAAAUGUUAUUGGUGAAAAGACAAAGGAAAAAUUAAAACUUGAUGCUGAGAGGGAAAAACUAGAGAGGCUUCAGGAGCUUUACUCCGAGCAGAAGACGCAGCUUGAUAAUUGCCCUGAGUCCAUGAGGGAACAAUUACAGCAGCAGCUGAAGAGGGAUGCUGAUCUUUUGGACAUAGAAAGCAAACACUUCGAAGAUUUGGAAUUUCAGCAGCUUGAACAUGAAAGCAGGUUAGAUGAAGAGAAAGAAAAUCUAACACAACAGCUCCUGCGUGAAGUAGCUGAAUAUCAGCGCAGCAUUGUCAGUAGAAAGGAAAAGAUUUCUGCUCUUAAAAAACAAGCCAAUCAUAUUGUCCAACAAGCACAAAGAGAACAAGAUCAUUUUGUAAAAGAAAAAAACAACUUAAUAAUGAUGCUACAAAGGGAAAAAGAGAAUCUCUGUAAUCUGGAAAAGAAAUAUUCCGCACUUUCUGGAGGAAAGGGAUUUCCUGUCAGUCCCAAUAGUCUAAAAGAGGGCUAUAUCAGUGUAAAUGAAAUUAGUGAGCUGUAUGGCAAUUCCACGAAUAUAUCCCCUUCCACUCAGCCCCCCACAGAUGCUGAAGCAGUUGCCACUGAGCCUUCCACGGCUGUGCUGACGAGCCAGCCACAAAAUAAAGAGCUAAGAUCACCUCUCUGUUCUGGAUUUGUGUUUCCUCACUCUCUUUCUCCUCGCUCUAUUGCUCAACUUCCAUCAGUCCAUUGGCCUGAGGUCAUGGCUACUCAUGUAGAUCCUAUUCCUUUAUCUGAUACACCUCCACCUCUGCCAGCUAAGAAACACCGCAGGCAACAACAGCAUUUCAGAAAUCUGGAAGAGCGAAAGAAGCAGCACAGAGAAUGCAUGUACAUGAGUGAUACUUUACCUCGCAAGAAAACGGCUCCAUCUUCAUCACUGCACUUCAGUAGCUCUACGCUUGGACGAAGUGUUGCAUCUAAAGGACAUUUACCACUAGGGCAGAGCAACAGCUGUGGCAGCGUACUUCCUCACUGCCUGGCAACGAUGACCAAAGAGUCAGAGUCAAGAAGGAUGCACAAAGGAUAUAAUCAUCAACGUAUCUGUGAAAGCCAAAGGCAGAAGUCUCCUGAAUUCUACAGCAGAACAGCAUCUGAAUCAAAUGUGUAUUUGAAUAGCUUCCAUUACCCAGAUCGUAGUUACAAGGACCAUGCCUUUGAUACACUAAGCUUAGACAGUUCUGACAGUAUGGAGACAAGCAUAUCAGCGUGCUCACCAGAUAACAUUUCCAGUGCUAGCACUUCAAAUGUUGCAAGAAUAGAAGAGAUGGAGAGACUUCUCAAACAAGCGCAUGCUGAAAAGACUAGGCUGCUUGAGACCAGGGAACGGGAGAUGGAAGCUAAAAAACGAGCUCUGGAAGAAGAAAAGCGUCGCAGGGAGCAACUAGAGAAAAGACUGGAAGAAGAAACUAGCCAGAGGCAAAAAUUAAUUGAAAAGGAAGUCAAAAUACGUGAGAAACAAAGAGCACAGGCCCGUCCCUUGACUCGCUAUUUGCCGGUUAGAAAGGAAGACUUUGACCUACGAAGUCACAUCGAAACAGCAGGUCACAAUAUAGAGACCUGUUACCAUGUCUCCCUCACAGAGAAGACCUGCCGAGGCUUUCUGAUUAAAAUGGGAGGAAAAAUUAAAACAUGGAAAAAACGGUGGUUUGUUUUUGACAGAAACAAGAGAACUUUUAGUUAUUAUGCAGAUAAACAUGAAACUAAAUUAAAAGGUGUAAUAUAUUUUCAAGCUAUUGAAGAAGUCUAUUAUGAUCAUCUAAAGAAUGCAUAUAAGAGUCCCAACCCGUUGCUCACUUUCAGUGUUAAGACGCAUGACCGGAUAUACUAUAUGGUUGCUCCUUCACCAGAAGCCAUGAGGAUAUGGAUGGAUGUUAUUGUUACGGGCGCGGAAGGCUACACCCACUUCAUGUUGUAAUAAAAGGGGCAAUAGGGCAUACUGCAAUAAUGUAACAGAUGAAGUUAGCCAUAUGUAGUGAAAUCUGAAAAGCCAGUGAAUACUCUGAAAAAUCCCCCUUAUGAUGUGCACCCAAAACCUCGGAAUGUGACGGUUUUAUAAAUGCAUUGAAAAGGGGGCCUUGUUACUUGUUUUAGUUGAUCUUUAUAGGAAUGAAAGAGCUAAAGGUGUUGAGAGAAUCAUAGUGCUCCAAAAUGGAUAAUCAGGCAAUUUAAAUUACAGCAUCUUGGUUCAAUGCUAAUUUUCUACACAUUCUCUUAUAUGGAGAAUGUCUUUAUAAACUCAUACUAAACAACUUACAAAAUGUAUGUGUUCUCAUCAGUAUGCAAAAACUCUAGUAAUGGAACAAAAAGGUGUAAUAAGCAUAUAUUUUAAUAUGCAGCAUUCAACCUAUAGAUGAUUAGGUGACUUUUUAAAACUUUUAGUCAAGUAUUUUAUAAAAAUGCAAACAAAAAAGCAACCCUAAGGUACAUGCAGUUCUUGCCUUAGUAGUUAAGUAUUACAACAGAGCCAAAGAGUUAUGCAAUUCCCUUAUCAUAAUGUUUUUCAAAUCGUUAGUUGUACCUAACUUUCUGUAAGGGGACAGUGCCAAAACUCUUAAUACCUUUUAAUAUAAUGCAGUUGUUAUGAUAUUCGGUGUGUUGACACCAACUGCAUGUUUAAAAUGUGCAUCUGUGGAAGUAAACGAAAAAAAGAGAAGGAUAGCUUUAUGAAGAUGCAUUUUUCCACAAGGAUAUGAAAUUGAAACACGUGUAUUGACUUCCUCAUAAGGAGGGGUUUUUUUCAUCUUCUCUGUUGAAUAGAAUAAGCUGAUUCUAGUCCCUAUAGCAAUUUUCCUUUAUGUAGCAAGAUCCCCUUACUCUGUGCCAAGUGCUCUACUGAAACCUCUCAAACACUGGUCUCCUUCAAGCCAGUGUCAAAAUUCCUACCUAAGUCCUUUGGAGCCAGCUUUUUGGCCCUAGGGAGUUUGUUUUGUUGUUCUUUAAAGUCAUACAUCCACAGACUAAUGCUGCCAAUUAGAAUAAAAAGAGAGGGGCACAUUCUAAGAGUUUACACUAAGCAGCGUAUGAAUAAAAAACCUGAAAAUUUUAAGUAGCAGAGAUUGAGAUUCAUAAAACAACAAAAAACGCUUCCAGGUCCUUGAGUAUUGCAGAAACAUAAAUUAUUUAAUUGAAAUGAACUUCAAGAAAAUCUCUUACAAUAUGACUUCGAAGAGGUUCUGUUUCCGUAAUGAAACUUAUGUGCUAUGUGGUUUGUGUAAUAGAAGAAAGCACAUUCACCUUUUUUUUUUCUUGAUGAAAAGUUAAUGGCUUUGGAUGGAACAACUAGAAAACUGAAGGCAGAAUACAAGUAUGCCGGCAUAAAUAUUUUUAUUAUACUUUUUAAACCCCUGUAUCUGUAAUGAACGGGUUGAAUUUUUUGUGGUAUGCACAGGUGAUAAGGUUGCUCUAUGACAUGACAAACAUCAGUUUUGACUCUAAUCAUGAAAGAAGGGACUGUUAUGGCAAGACAGCUGUUAUCAUCUGUACAGAUCACAGCUUGUGAUCUAAUGAUUUAAAACACUAUCAGAAAUAAUUUGCUUCGGUUUAUAUAAUUAUUAUUUUUCCCUGAUGUAUCUUGAUUUUAUGUAUGGUUAUAAAGGUUUUCUAAUAAUUUUUGUAUCCUGCAUGAUGCAAUGAAGGCAUUUCAAUAAACAUUUUUAAAAAUACA